GUUUACUUAAUUAAUUAUUGAUUUACACAUCUACAUCACCUUCGAUCUUAUAUAUCUUUUUGUCAAUUUAAUUUGGAAGGAUAUGUAUAAAUGUUUAUACUUUCGAGUUCAACAUAUGGCAAAUCUCAUUAAAUAGAUACAUAACACAUGGGAGUCACAUGCUAUAUAUCCCAUUUUCUACACUUUGCGUGCACACAAAUUGAAAAACAUAUUCUCAGCAAAAAAAAAAAAAAAAAAAAAGAAAAAGAAAAAGAAAAUAAUGUUGCAGAACAUAAACAUUGAAGUCAUAAUAUUAAGGUUGGUGUUAGCCUGUUGCCUCUGGUAUUCCAAAAUCAUCACCGUCUAGUCCAUUUUCAUUCACUCAGUAAAUCCUAUUAAGAUCAUACUCUGAUUAUGCAUGGUUUGUAUUUUUAUUUAUUUAUUUAUUUAUUUUUGGGUGAUUAGGCAUGGCUUGUAAUUACAUGAUAGAGAUUAUAUAAAAUAUAAGUGGAUGGUGGUUUCUCUAGGUGGAGUUGACGAUCUACACUUAAACUUUUAUAACAAAAUCCUCCAUCUCCAUCUUUCUUUUCCAGAAACUGGACAAAGAAUAAAAAUGGAAGGCGAAUUCAACAACUUCAUGAUGGUAUGGUUCUCAGUUUUAGUAUCUUUAUCAUAUUGCUAUGGUGUUGCUAAACUAGUCCCAGUAGGUAUUCCAAGACUCUUCUUUAUCUUCCCAAUUGUCAUCCUCUUUUUCCUUCUACCUCUCAAGCUCUCCACCAUUCAUCUUGGUGGUGGAACUGCUUUCUUCAUUACAUGGCUUGGAAGCUUCAAGCUUUUACUAUUCAUUUUUGGUAAAGGUCCUCUAGCUUUAGAUCCAUCAAUGUCUCUAGGAAAAUUUCUAGCUAUUGCUUGCUUACCAAUUGAGAUCCGACAAAACCCAUCUCCAAAUUUACAUCCAAAUAGAGAAAACAGAGAAAUCCCACCUCCAAAACCAUUGAAGAGACCUGAAAAAAUCCAACUUGGAAUAAAAAACCCAUCUUUGCCAAAUCCAAAUCAGAAUGGCAAAAUCAAAGAAAACCCACCUCAGAAAUCAGGCUCUAAAUCACCACUAUUGGUUUAUGCAAUGAAAGGUUUACUCCUGGCUGUUCUAGUCCAUGCGCUGGGUUACAAAGAACAUUUCCAUCAAAAAGUGAUCUUGGCCCUCAAUUGCCUCCUGAUUUACAUCCUCCUUGAAAUUUUGCUAUCCACAGUGGCCUUCACUGUUCGAGUUCUGCUUGGAUUAGAAAUCGAACCCCAUUUUAACGACCCAUUGCUCUCGACCUCUCUCCAAGACUUCUGGGGAAAAAGGUGGAAUCUCAUGGUCUCCCGCGUACUCCGUCCGACCGUGUACGAACCCAUCAUCAGUUUCUCCGAGCUUUUCAUUGGUCGUGAAUGGGCCCCAUUGCCCGCUAUAAUGGGAACUUUCUUGGUGUCUGGUCUGAUGCACGAGCUGAUUUUCUAUUACAUGGGGCGUGUCAGACCAACCUGGGAGGUCACGUGGUUCUUUUUCCUCCAUGGACUUUGUUUGGCGGUCGAGAUCGUUUUGAAGAAGAAGUUGGUAUUAGUGUUUCCCGGCAGGUGGAGGUUGCCUUGGAUGAUCCCGACGGUUUUGACUCUUGGUUUUUUGAUGGAAACCUGCUAUUGGCUGUUUUUUCCUCAGUUCCUUCGGUGUAAUGCUGACGUUAGAAUCAUUCAAGAGUAUGCUGAUUUUGGUGCUUUUUUGAAGAGUAUAAGUCAAAAGUUUGCAUCUUUGGUCAGAUAAUCCAACGGUUUGUAUUCUAGUUGAUAGUCAAAAUUGAUGGUCCAUUCAUUGUGCUCGGUUUUCCAGGAGAAAUCACGUGGAAAACUAUGCUGAAAGAUGUGAAACCAGCGAAAAUGCAGAGGAAUUUCUCUUUUGCUUUUUCUUUUUUUCUUUUUUUUUUUUUUAAAUUAAGAAUUUCUUUGUGAUGGAUUAGGAAUUUCCAUUUAGGUUGUUAGAAAAGCUUGUAUGAUUCUAAUUUGAGAGAAUUUUUAAGUAUUAAUCACUGAGUUCCAAAAGAAAUGUUCUUUGCAAGAAAAUAAUUGAUGAAAAGAAAAUAUUCUUGUUAUAUGAUCCUGAAGUAAUUUUA